AUGGAUCCCCAAACAGAACGCGAUAUUAUACCCACCUAUGAAUCCGAACCACGUAUUAUCUGGAUCGAUAAUUGCGACACCUUGUACAAUCUCCUCUACGAUCUCGAUAAUAUCCCAAAAAUCUCCAUUCUGCAGAUCUACAACGCCGUUUCUCACCGCGUCUACCUCAUAGAUGUGUACUGGCUCGGCGCCACGACCUCCUGGCGAGUUAAUUCGCGCAUGACGACUCUCAAGGGUAUUCUGGAGUCCAAGGAUAUCAUCAAGGUCUUUUUCGAUGUCAAGAAAAACUCUGAUGCACUGUACAGCGAGUUCAAGAUUAAACUCGCUGGGGUUCACGAUCUCCAGCUGAUGGAGCUCUUGGCCAGCGGGAGUCCUCACAGGCUGAGGGAUAUUGAAGAUUGUUUCUGGAGAGACGUGUCUGGGCAGCAGCAGACAGAGUGGCGGCUUUGGGAUCUUCGAGGAGUGGUUCCUUCAUGGUGCUCUCAUCGGAUACGCGACCGUUGGGUGCAGAUCUUGCCUACACUGUAUGCUUGCUACGAUGCCAAGCUACUCCCUGGGAAGCGGGCAAGCAUGAUCGCUACUUCGAACAGUAAGGUUGAAUUCUCACGGUACAUGAUCCGUGAUAUGGAGGAACGGCGUCGUGCUUUUAUGUGUCGUGGUGUUGAAUGA